AAAACGUCAAAACCAUGUGUUAUUUGGUUUGGAUGUGAAUGUUGGUCUCUAUUUUGUUACGAAAUUAAUAAUAAUAAAUAAAAAUGGUGAACAAAGUCUGGUCUAAAGUGACUCCUGAGCUAUCGCCGCCAGUGCUAUCCUGCAUCAAUAAGCAAGGCUUCACUACUAUGACGCCUAUCCAAGCAGCCGUGAUACCUUUAGUAUUGUCUUGUAAGGACGUAGCUGCUGAGGCUGUUACUGGGUCCGGCAAGACGCUAGCGUUUGUUGUACCGAUGUUAGAGAUGUUGAGGAAGAAGGAGAAGGACGCGCCGUUGAGGAAGGAUUUUGUUUAUGCUGUGAUUAUUUCGCCUACGAGGGAACUGGCAACUCAGAUUGUUAAGGUCAUAGAACAGUUCCUGCAAGAACCAGAGCUCUCUCACAUCUCCGUAGCGUUGUUGGUUGGCGGUCGUGCAGUUGAGGUCGAUGUCGAGACUCUACAGAAAGGAGCCCAUAUCAUAGUGUGUACGCCGGGAAGGUUUAGCGACCUGCUGGCUGAGAGGAAACACCUGAAUCUGGCUGGGAGGCUAAAGGAACUGGAAUUCUUAGUUUUAGAUGAAGCUGACCGCCUCCUAGACCUGGGGUUCAGUACAACACUAACAACAAUUCUUCAGUACCUUCCCAGACAGCGCCGCACGGGGCUGUUCUCAGCCACACAGACCAAAGAACUCAAUGAUCUUGUCCGAGCCGGUCUCCGUAACCCAGUCAUCGUUAGCGUCAAAGAAAAGUCCACUAUAAGCACGCCAUUAUUACUCGAAAAUUACUAUGUCAUAGUCGAACCCCAAGACAAGUUUUUAUUCUUGCUAAACUUUAUCCGGAACAGGAAAAUGGUGAAAGGAUUAUUCUUUUUACCGACCUGUGCGUGCGUCGAUUACUGGGCUGAUGUGUUGCCAGGUUUCUUGCCGGAUAUAAAGGUGUUCUCUAUACAUGGCAAGAUGAAGUUAAAGCGGGCUAAGAUUUUGGAGAAGUUUCGACAAGCGGAAAAUACUAUAUUGCUGUGCACUGACUUGAUGGCUAGAGGCCUAGACAUCCCGGAGGUAGAGUGGGUGCUGCAGUGGGAGCCCCCCACCGCGCCCCCGUCGCUGGUGCACCGCGUGGGGCGCGCGGCGCGCGGGGGCGCCCCCGGCUGCUCACUGCUGCCGCUGCUGCCCUCCGAGGACUCCUACGUGCCCUUCAUCAGGACCAACCAGCUGGUCGACUUGAAGGACUGGAGGCUGUCCAAGGAUGAGAUCAAGAUUACAGAUAAAUUGAGGGAUAAGGUUUUAUCGAUCCUCCACAGCCAACAGAAGCAAGACCGCUCGAUCCUCGACAAGGGACAGCGCGCCUUCGUGUCCCACAUCCAGGCAUACUCCAAGCACGAGUGUAACCUUCUACUACAGACUAAAGACCUACCACUGGGACACAUCGCCACCAGCUACGGACUCCUGAAGCUGCCCUUGAUGCCAGAGAUUAAAGAGGAACAUAGACAACAGUUUAUAGGUUCCAAGGAGCAAAUAGACUUCAACAGUAUACCGUACAGAGACAAGCAGAAGGAAGCCAGCCGACUGCAGAAGUUACAAGAGUACAAGAAGACUGGCGUUUGGCCUUCCAAGAAGAGAAAGAAAAUGACGCAAACCAAACCGUGGGAGCAGACGAAACAGAACAAGGAAGAGAAGAAACAGCGGAGGAAGAAGCGGAAAGAGAUGAAAAAGCAGGAAAGCGGGGACGGCAAGCGGCGCAAGCGCAGGGCGGUCACACAAGCGGAGUUAGACGAGCUGGCGGCCGACGUCGCGCUGAUGAAGAAGUUGAAGAAGAGGAAGAUCACGCAGGAGCAGUUCGAUGAAGCUUUUGAGGGAGAUAAAUAAAACUAUACUA